AUAGGCUGCGCGUUACGAGUUUUUUUCACCUGCGCGUAAAUAUGUCAGUGGCGUACGGGCGAUACUAAAACAAAAAUAUUCUCCUCUCGAGUUUGAACUUUUUCCAGCUCAGUGACAUAUCAAGUACAUUUUCUCCGUUAAAAUGUAAGUGAGCAUUGUCAUGAGUGUAACGACGUCGCAAGAGCACUCUUACCUGAAGGUGCUAUUCGACUUCCAAUACAAAACAGCGGAGGGACGUGAAAUAGUAAUAAAAAAGAAUGAGCGUUUGUAUCUUUUGCAAAAGACAAACGCCGACUGGUGGCAAGUCGUGCGAAAUUUGGAGCAGAGGUCGUUUUAUGUGCCGGCGUCUUACGUUCGCGAAAUAUCAAAGAACUCUGGUACGUCAGCGAGGAAGAAUUCAGAGGAGGAGAGAGAUACAAUAUUUGAACCACCGCCACAGAAUCCAAGCUACAAAAGUAUGCCAAAGGAAUCUUCUAAUGCAAUGCGCAACGUGAAAAAAUGGCUCGCCAGUGCGAUAGACAGCAAAUCGGAGCCUCCCAAAAUUCACGAGAGCGAAACUCCAGCAAAAUUCGAUGAGUCUGCAUCCAAAAGCCGAUUGAGAGUCGGCCUCGAAGACAUGAAAACUAAGUCUUUGGAGCGUGAUCGGAGAUCUGGACACUUCAGCGAUAGAGAAGAAGAUGGAAUGAACGGAAGUCCGCGAUCGCGGGACAGUGGUGAAUACCACGAGAAUCCGAGCAAGAUUGUGAAUCGAUUCAGCACGAGUCCAAAGGCUUCAGGCUUGCAGUAUCGAAUGGAAGCAUCUUUGCAAGAUCCGUUUCGUCGGGAGCUCGAGAGUAGUUUGGACCGUCGUAAUUUGGGCGUCAAAUUGGGAGGGCGAUUGAGAACAACAUCGAUGAAUUCGGAGGGUAGUAACGUGGACAGUGACGGCGGUGAUUCGCGGGAGGCGAGUGACAAGUUGGAGAAGGAUUCGAGGGUGGAGAGGAGGAGCAAUUUGUCGAUACACGAAGAAUCUCCGCAGGACAGUCGUGCGUCGAGUAGAAACAGCAGAUCGUUGGACAUCGAUGGAGGGAGCAAACGUGGGGAAAGGAGCACGAGUCCGAAGCCAAUUUACGGUCGUCAAAUGACGAUCGCGGGUGGAAGCGCGGACAAAAAAAUUGCGAGUUUUGAGGGAGGAGGGAGCGAUCACAAAAUUUUGAACGACAAACGACGCACGUGGGCGGUCGAAGAGCUCAUGUCGGAACUCACGCAAAUGUGUAAAGAACGUGGAAAUACGAAAAAGCCACCUUUCCAAUUGAAGAGCACCGAGGUCAAAGGAAACUUCGAUCCCAUCGAGAAACUCACGAGAGAAAUUCACGAAAUGAAUCGCAUGAGAAGCGAGACCGUUACGACCGAAGGGACGGAACCUUCGAAGAAAAACGUUUGUAAAAUUGCCAUCAAUUCUUCGAGCCCGAUUAAUGCUGAACAGGAAGAUUCCCAAGACUCAAUUUUGCGUAACAAACAAACGGAAAUAUUGCACAAAUUAAACAAAAGCACCAACUACACCGAGCCCGAAAUCGAUUCCGCUACAUCCUCGUCUCCAAAAGCACUCAAAUCUCCAAAAUCGCCAAAGAUACUCGACGAGUACAACGAAGCAAAUAUUCUCAACGACUGUAACAGCUCCGAAGUCCCGUUACGUUCUCCGAUCCACCGAUCCUUAUCACCAGAUAAGCAAUCUUAUUAUCAGAAACGUUCGAGUCCGGCACACGCUUCGGUUGAAACGAGCGUCAAGGAGCCGUUCUAUUCCAACGUCAAAUUUAAUCCGGAAAAAGUAAAAGCGCGACCGAAAUUGAAGCUCAAAAUGGUCGAGCCAGCGACCGAGUUGAAGCUGACGCCUUCCCUCGAGAAACUCGCAAGCGAAAUACAAUUUUUGCCGGCUAAAAGGACCAACAAAACGGAUACAAGUGCCAACAGGGAAGACCGCGAUGUUGACAAGAGUUACGAGGAGACUUCGUCGCACUCGGACGACUCGCUUGAUCGACGAGAGUAUCUCGGGGCGUCGAGGCACUUCGAGUCUAAGUUGCGUUACAAAGGCAGUUUUAAAACGAAGCACGAAACGAAGCACAGGGAGCGUGAGAAGCGCGGUGACAGGACCGAGGAAGAAAAGUCGAGCGUGAAGAAAAGUUCGACUUUCAAUUGUGCAACGAUACCGGAAUGUUACCGGCGUUUUCGCAGAUGCGAUUUCGUCGACCGCUUCGAACCGGUUCUCGAGCAUUCGUCCGCGGCUUACAAGAGACGAAGCCGGAGUUUGAGCGACCUCGAGGCCAUGGACGCGAAGUAUUACGAGGAAGAUAAGCAGUCGGCCUCGGAGGCUAAAAUCCCCAAAAGCAAACCGAUUCCACUCCCCAGAACGAAAAUCCCAGCGGUCCAAAUUCGCGAGAGUCCUUCCCUGGGCUCAUCCGGUUUGGAAGCUCCAACGAAUCUCGGCAAUCACAGCAGCACUCCCCUUUCGUCUGGAAACAACCUCGAAAAGAUCCCACAUCGAAUCAUUCCGGAGCCGAGAAAAUUGAGUAAAAAUAAAAGCAACGAGGACAACAGUUGGCAGAGCAGCAAACGACACGAGGCCACGAUUUUCUCGAACCUCGAAAAGCGCAACGUCAACAUCGAGUCCAGCACUGCCGUCGGCUUCAAGAGUCUCCUCUGCGCCUCCGACUCCGGAUCUGACAAUUGUUUACAAUCCAAAGAACUGCUCUCAACCUCCGCGGACAAUUUGAACGAUCGAGGCUCUCUGAGGUCCGCUAGAAAAUCACACUCCAGCGUCAAUUUCAACGAUCGAUCUCGCACCGCCAGGGAAAGCUUGUCCGACGAUCAAAUACUCAGCUCCAACGCGAGCUCCGAAGCUCUGCAUUCCGAGUCCGAAGUCACACCCACCUUCGACGUCUCCUCGCAACACAGUCCCAUCACUGCUACUGCUAGCCAAGAAUCCUUCGAGUGUGCUAUCGAUUUGCCGCCCGGAUGGAAACAGAGCUACGACUCCAAUAUCGGACAGAUUUGCUUUAUCAGCGAACAAGGAAACAAGUGGUUUUCGUCGAGCGAUGCAGAGGGCAAAAUAUACUUCUUCGAGGAGAACAGUAACGAAUCUUCGUGGGUUUUGCCACCGGUCGAGAGUGGAAAAUCUAAUGCGAACGAUGUGGACGAGAAAAAAGAUAAGCUCGAUCUUGAUAGAUCGGCGAGUGAUAAAGAGGAAACCGGAAGUGCACGGAGCAAUGUACAGCCUAAUCAGAGUAUGGGUAGUCGAGAAUUGUUCACGAAGAAAACUGCUCCGAUUGGCGGUGAUUGGCCGCAUUUGUGCGAUGGAAAUAAUAUGCUCGUACUCAAAGAGGGAGUUAUAAAUCGUACGAAGAUCACGGAAAAUGGGAAAAAACUGCGAAAAAAUUGGAGCACCUCUUACGCCGUGCUAACGGAAUUAUUUUUAUUAUUUUUCAAAGAUGCAAAAACGUUCGCGAUGAUGAAAACGGGACAAUCCUCGAUGGCGAAACCCGACAUAUCCGUUGACUUGAACGGAGCUUUGGUGGAGCCUGGCGAACGAGCGAGCAGUCGCAAAAACGUUUACAUGAUCAGUACCGUACUGGGACUCCAAGUUCUCGUUCAGAGCGACAAUACCGCUGUUGCGACCGAAUGGUUUCAAGACAUACACGCUGCGAUAAGAAAACUGCCAUCGAGCUUCAAAUCCCAGGCAAAACCAUUGCCGAUUACGACUGAGAUUCGGAAAACGAGUGGCGGUAAACAACCCACUGAAGUAAAUCAUCAAGAAGAUACCAAAAAAUCGACAAAGGUCGCUCGCUCGAGAUCGAUGAAAAUGAAAAGACUGGACGAUUCGUUGGAAGAUUUGAGUGGCAGUGCAGCUGAAAGACAGACCAAAAUAAAAGCGAAGUUGCGACGGUUUUUCUUGAGGAGACCAGCCGUCGAAUUGUUGGUGAAAAAUGGCAUUUACAAAGAUGAACCCGCGUUUGGCUCUUACCUGAGCGAUGUCUGUCCCGCGGAACCACCGAGAGUUCCACUCUUUGUAAAAACUUGCAUCGAAGUAUUGGAGAGCAAUGAAGAAAAUAUGAAGACUGAUGGCUUGUACAGGGCCAGUGGCAACCUCAGCCAAAUACAAAAGAUUAGGCUUCAGGUUGAUCAGUACAAGCUCGACGUACUGGCACAGGAAGAAGAUGUUCACGUUUUGGCGGGUGCUUUAAAAUUGUUCUUUCGGGAACUGAAAGAACCUCUUAUACCGUCGUCGUUCUUCAAAGAAGCUGUUAACGCGAGCAUGUUGAAAAAGAACUCUGCGAAAAUUCAAUGCUUCAGAGAAAUAGUGAAAGCCCUGCCACCCCCGAAUUACGAUACUCUGCAAUUCCUGCUGAAGCAUCUUUUGAGAGUGACAUCGUAUCAAGAAUUCAAUCGCAUGCACAUACCGAAUUUGGCAAUAGUAUUUGGACCAACACUAAUGUGGCCCGCUGAAGAAAGCGCAAACAUGGCAUUGGACUUUAUGCAACAAAAUUUAGUUAUCGAAUGCCUUUUAUCCGAGUACAAUAAGAUAUUCAAAUAGUUUUAAAAGUAUUUAUUUUUUUUAAAUGAUAUGAAGAAAGACGAUUUAUUGCGCGUUUACGGGGGAGGGAAUUGUUGCUUGAUCCAUUCCGGCGAAGUGAACACAAUGAGAGAGCGUGGAUUGAGAUAUAUUUUUCGAAAUAUAGUUUUAAAAGAGAGUCAGUAUAUAUUGGUGAAGAAAGAAAGAAAGAAAGAGAGAGAGAGAGAGAGAUAUUAAUUAAAAGAGAAUGAGGCAAGAGCAACGAACAGUGAGAUUUCGAACAUUAGCAAGGCUUGAAUCGACAUUAAGAAUGCCGACGUAAUAUUCAUCAGCGCGAAGAGUCCCAACGACCAUUCAAGAUUGUGAGAAGCAAGGAAUGAUCGAUCGUUUAGUGCUAAAAAAAAUGCUCGCGACUCCGGAUCGUCGCAUUGAAAUAGUGCGAAAACAGAGUAUACAAGCAAAUCACAAAUUAUACUGUUUAUUACGUGUAUAUCAAGGCUGUGUCCCUACAUCACAGUGUACACGAGAUCCCACAGAGCUCUUAGAUAUAUAUACGUAUAUAUACGAGUUAUUUUUGGCAAAAAUCCUUGACGUUUCACUAAAAACUUUCAAAUCAAUCGAUAAUUAUUUACAUUCGUUUACUGUGCCAAUAAGCACUCUCAACCAACUUCAUAUUUUGCUGUCGAUUUUAAUACAAUAUUAAAUCUUCGGAAUGAAAUAUGUUCUUUAACUCCAUAUCAAUCGAUAUUAAAACUUUAAAAACUAUUCGUGAAAUGUUCUAAGGGUAGUUUCAAUAAGAAAAGUAUUAAAAACAAUUGGAAAAAGGCCAGAAUUUAACGUUAUUCGAUUUUGCUAAAAAUACCUCUAAAUAUACGAUAUGAUUACCUACCAGAAAUGUAUUAUCAAAAAAACGAAAAAUUUACUGUACGUAUGAAUGUAUAUAUAUGACGUUUAAGUGGAAAAAGGUUUUAACGUAGUUUUGGGUGAACCAAAUGUUUUUGGAGUAUAUAAAAUAUACCUACCAUUCGCCAAAAAAGAAAAAAAAAAGUAAAAACAUAGUGAGCAAGAGAGAUUAAUGUACAUCAGUCGAUCUAACGAGGGCAAUCAUCGACUGGAAAUCCCGAAUACGUAUUCGUCAGCCAAAUCAGCAAGUUCUUUAAACGUCCGCUUAUGAGCAAUUCAACAUUCCACUGAAAGAUUCCUUGAUUCGCGUCCAACGCCCAAAUAGGCUUUUGCUCGUAUAUAUUGCGAUAUGCAGAAAACGAAUGGUACUCUAAGAAUAAAUCCGGUAUUUGUUUUAUUCUCGAUUCCUUUAGAGCUUUAAACUUAGCACGAUAUUCUUUUUAAUCAGAUACACUCAAUGUUUAAUAAUCGUACGUUCCCACAGAUGAACGUUCCUCGUCUACGUGUUAUUUUAUAACCUUCAUGGUCCAACCGAAUCGUGGGAAAUACGAAAGAGAAUUUUGUGAAAGAAGCUGUGGAGAGUUUGAGGGAAAGUGCCAUCGCGCGUUUCUUGUGAAUUUGUUUUUUUAUUUUUCGUUUUCAUUUGCAUCACAAAAUUGGCACAAACGAAAAACAAAUGUGAAGGUAUGACAAAUCAGUACGAGACAUGGUAAUCUAUGAUCUUUGUUUUUAUUUUCGAUCGAGAUUCACCACGAAGGUUUUUUAAAAAAAUAAUUCUUAUUUUAAUACUGUUUUAUCCAUCGAUACUACGACGCAUAAAGAUAUAAUGCGAACACACACACGCGAAUAAAAAACUAUCAUUGUUGUGACGUUUGUAAAACGUAUACGAUCGCAUAUGUGAAUUUAUCGAAGAAACCCGAAAGUUAAUCUUCGUACAGUUUAUGGCACACUUGUGAAUUCUCACCCAACAACUGAAACUCAAUAUUUUGGUGGUAGUUUUGACAAAAAAUAUCUGAGAAAUGAAGAGAAAAAGAAUUGAUCGUUUUUUGAGAUAUUUUCAUCCCUUUGCUCGAACUCAUUUUUAUUACGGAUUGUUGAGUGAGAUUCGGUGGUAUUAGCCAGAAAGACAAAUUUCUUGAUGUAUAAAAGAAAAGACUUUAUCAACACGUUUACUAGAGAUUACGAACUAUAUUUAUUUUUAUAAAUAAUUGUAUGGAUCGAUACACGGAGGAUGUGAAAAAUGUUUGCAAGCGAUUUGAAAAUUGUCGAAGCAGCGCUGAUUAAUACAGAGGAAGACAUAGCGAGAGAGAAAAUGAAGAAAAAAUCAGAAUUUGUGCAAUCGUAACAUAAUCACAAUUUUCUGCACUGCACUAUUUUUCCAGGUAACUGGAGGAAAUCCAAUGUACCAGAGUCGCACAACCUACGAUCAAGAACACUCGAUCUUUAGCUUUUAGAAACAAAAGAUAAACUAUCACGUCCCGAUGAAAGUAAUUCCUCCCUCUCCGGAUAUGGCAGUGAAAAAAUGAGAGAUAUCGAAGGAAAACAUACUUUGAUCUAACUGUUGAUAUUGCACAAAAUUAUUUUACCAAAAGUUUCACCGAAUUUAUUCCUCGCAUGUAGAUUAAUUAAAAUUAAUCAAAAAUAGAAUUUCAGAUAACAUCAUCCAAAUGAUAGAUAGUAUUUGAAGAAUUCACCCCCGAGCUACAUGUAUCAACGAUAACUUUCAUUUUUCUCGUCUAUGGAAUAUGUCAGAAGAGUGUUGAAAUCUUUUUCUUUUAGGUCUUCCUUCUAUAUGCUUCAUAGGAAAACAAUUAUCUAAAUGCGUAUCUUUUAUUAUUGUAUUUUGAAUUGUAUCAUAUUUUUUUGACUUGAAGUUAUGCAAAGUUAUGUAUUCAAUAUGAAUAUUAUAUUUAUUGUUAUCCAGAA